UACUCAGCCAGUCAAGCAGUCCAGUCUACUAGUGACGGACAUACUAAACCACCCAAAUGCUCGUCUUAUACGAGACUCCGAUGGGCUACUGCCUGUUCAAACUAACAGACGCAGCCAAACUCGAGUCGGCUGAUCUCUACAAGGAAUUCGAGACUCCAGAGCGAGCGAACAAACUACUGAGAUUGAAGGCACUGCAUCGAUUUACGUCGACGGCGACCGCUGUGGAGGAUCUGACAGCUGUUCAGCAGGGCAAGCUCGGCAAGGGUCUUAAAAAGUUCUUGACUGAAGAAGUGGUGGAGAAAGGGAAGGGGAAAGAAUCUUUGGUGGUCGUAGAUCCUCACCUAGCACGCUCGAUAUCCAAGAAACUCAGCAUCAAGGUGUCCGCACCAUCACCCGUGGAAGACCAUAGCGACCUAUGGAGAGGUAUUCGAAGUCAGGUAGCAGCUUUACUUGAUGGCCUGGACCCAAAAGAUCUGGCUACUAUGAGUCUAGGUCUCAGCCAUUCACUAUCACGGUUCAAGCUCAAAUUCUCCCCGAACAAGGUGGACACCAUGAUCGUGCAAGCCAUUGCUUUACUCGACGAUCUCGACAAGGAGAUAAAUAUCUAUGCCAUGCGUGUCAAGGAAUGGUAUGGUUGGCACUUCCCCGAACUUGCAAAAAUAAUCAACGACAACAUCGCGUACGCCAAAGUUGUGCGCGCCAUGGGUUUCCGCACAGAUGCAGCCACCACCUCAUUCGAGAAAAUCCUUCCAGAAGAUUUAGAAGCAGUCGUCAAAGCAGCCGCUGAAAUUUCUAUGGGUACCGAAAUAUCCGACAGUGAUAUUCAACACAUACACGCUCUAUGUGAUCAGAUCAUCGCCAUAUCCGCCUACCGAGCCCAGUUGGCGGAGUACCUGCGAAAUCGGAUGAAUGCUAUCGCCCCAAACCUAACCACGCUUGUCGGCGAUCUUGUUGGAGCACGACUAAUUGCUCACGCUGGUAGUUUGUUGAACCUUGCAAAGUUCCCUGCCAGUACUGUACAAAUCCUUGGUGCGGAAAAGGCUUUGUUCCGCGCGUUGAAGACCAAGCAUGAUACACCGAAGUACGGUAUCAUAUACCAUGCAUCACUAGUUGGCCAAGCACCACCAAAACUCAAGGGCAAGAUGGCCCGCAUGGUGGCGACUAAAACCGCACUUUCAAUACGUGUCGACGCACUGACAGAUGCAGAUGGUAAGUCGGAAGAGCAUGCGCCUUCCGUGGGCCUUGAAAGCCGCUCUAAACUGGAAUCUCGUCUGCGUGCACUCGAGUAUCAGUUAGACGGGUCCGGCGUACGACGAUUCGCAGAUGGGAAUAACAAGAACCAGCAACGGUUCUCCAUGAAGGGUGACACACAGACCUAUAAUACAGCCGCAGAUGCGGUUGACCUUGUUCCUUCACAACGGGAGCCGUUGGAGGCGGCCAUGAGGGCAGUGUUGGAUGUCAAGGAAGAGAAGCGGAAGGCGAAAGAGGGCAAGAAGGCAAAACAGAAGGCUGAGAAGGAAGAACCAUUUGCAGAAACGGAGGUUAUUGCCGACGGCAUGGAUGUAGAUGGGCACCCGAAGGAGAGUAAGAAGGAUAAGAAGCGUAAACGGAGAGAGAGCGAGGUUAAUGGACAGGCUGACGCCGACCAGCCCAGUGGGGAACCCGUUGAGACAGAGGAAGAGCGCAAGGCAAAGAAGAAGGCGCGCAAAGCUGAGAAGAAGGCUGCAGAGGCCGCUUCUGCCACUGUCGACGGUGAAGCCCCAAAAAAGAAAAAGAAGAAGAGCGAGGCUUAAGCCCCACCGGCUUCUGCAGUCGACACAUCUGUUGGGCCGUGUACAUCAGGUUGCAUAUGUUCUCAAUACCAUGUCGAACAUUGUCCUUGCAUAUUCAGUCACAUCUGAAGCCC